AUGGCUUCUCUUAGUGUUCUCACUUUCGAUUCUCAUACGUGGCUCGACGAGUUACAGCUGUACCUACUGAGCGACUCUAGAGACAUCGUUUCAUUGUUUGACCAUACGUCUAGAGCCUCUCUCGCCCCUCCCGACACAGCUGACAGCUUGACUCGCUCACAGUGGCUUACCCUUGACGGUGCUGCUCGCCUAGACGUUCGCAACCACUUACUGGACUACUUUCUCGCCCUUGACCCUACCGACCUCACAGUCGACUCAGUUGAGAAGCACCUCCUUGCAGCUGAGACUAACAUAGUCGCUGUAGGUGCUGCUCGUGGCACUCCUCGCACUCCCUUCUUUGAGGGGUGUUCCCCCUCCCCCCUUGCCCCCUCCUACGGUUCUGCUGCUGCCGUUGAUUUCCUUUGUGCUAAGGAGGUCGGGACUGUGUCUACUCCUAGUGGGAGGCGCCACAGCGGCAGAGGCAAGAGAGGCAAGGGUGGUGGGGGUGGCAGCGGUGGAGGCGGUGGUGGAGGCGGUGGAGGCGGUGGAGGUGGCGGUGGUGGCGGAGGGAGUGGUGGUGGGAGUGGAGGCGUUGGUGGCGGCGGUGGUGGCGGUAGUAGAAGUGGUGGCGGCGGCAGUUGUGGCGGCAGAAGGAGUGGUGGCGGUGGCAAUGGUGGUGGUCAGGGUGGCCCUAGUCAGAGGCGAGGUUCUGGCGGUGGUCAGAGGCAGCAUCAGCAGCAUCAGCGUGAGACCCCUACGCCCUAG